AUGCUGGGAAAAAUAUCAAAAAAAGCAAAGAAAGCUGUUCAAGAACAUUCUUCAAAAAAUAAUUCAGAUUCACAAAAUAAUAAUAGUAGUGGUGGUGGUAAUAAUGGCGGUGGUAACAAUGGUGAUUCAAGUAAACAUAACAAUUUAACUGUAGCUAUAAAUAAAAAAGGUGGAGUUGCUCUCAACUAUAUUCUAAAAAGAGCUCCAAAUCUCUUACCUGCUGUAGCAACCACUGUAAAACUUCUUCCUAAAAUAACUAAAAAAGAUAAAAAAAAUAACCAGAGACAUAUACAUCAUAAUUUUGAUCAUACAAAUAACACCAUAAACAAUCAUAAUGGGAUUCAUCAAAAUCAUCAAAACAUUGAUGAUCAUGAUAAUGAUGACAAUAGUAGCGAUCAUUUAUCUGUGGCUUCAUAUCUCGUCAAUAAUAAAGCGUUAUCUCCUGCUCAAAGGCGUGGUUCAAAAUCAUUAAAUGAAGUAGAUAUUAGUGAUUAUAGUAGUAACAAUAGCAGUAUUAAACGUACUUUAUAUCAUGAUUAUGAUAUAUUAUCAAUAUUUAAAUCUUCAUCACCUUCAAAUCGUAAUGAUGUACCAGAAAUCAAUAUUCUUCCAGUAGACACUACUAAUAAUAAUACUAGUAAUGGUCGUCGUCCUCACUCAAGAUCAAAUAAUAAUUUCCCUAUAAUUAAAGAAGGCUAUCUCAAUAAAAAAAUAGAUUUUGACACAAAAUCAUUCUCAUCCUCGCCAUCUUCUGGUUGGAAAGUUUAUCGCGUAGUGUUACGUGGCUCAAAACUUUACUUUUACAAACCUCCUUCCGAAUCAGUAUUAAAAACAUUUUUUCCAAAUAAUGAUGAUUUAAAUAAUAUUAGAGAUUUAAAAUUUUCAAUAUUCUCAUCAAAUGAUGAUCACGGUAUGGACUUGAAUCCUGCUAAUUUUGAAUCAAGUGCAAAUAAAUUAAUCUUUGAAGAGACACCAACGUCAAAUCAAGAUUGGGAUUCAAAAUCUUUUAAUAGUACUCGUGUAAUACAGGAUCCAACACAAGAUCAAAAUCCAUAUAUACCAACCAGCUAUUCUCCCUAUAUUGCUCCCUUAUCUCAAUCCCCAUAUAUCAACUCUUUCUCAAAUAGACCAAAUGAUGAUGCCUCAUCUCUAAAAUCUUUUUCUUCUACAUUAAGAGCUUUUAUUAUGCCAAAUAACGAAUCAAAAUCCAUUUGGAUUAGUAAACUAUGGGAUGCUAAGAAAGCAAGUCUUAGAAAAUUGAUUAAAUUACCUGAUAAAGUUGAUUCUAAUUUAAGACAAUAUGGCUCAUCAAGGGACAAUAAUAAUAGCAGUACUGGUGGAAAUAGUGAUGGUGGUGGCGGUAACAAGAUCGAAUUUGCAAAUCUUCCUACACCUAGAAAAGCUAGAGCAUAUUGGGGCACCGAUAAACAUCCUGAAUUAAUUGUAAAAGACAUUAUUGAAGAUAAAUCCAGUGAAUUUAAAGAUGAAGAAGAAAAUAUUGAUGAUGAAUCCGGUAAAAUAAUUGAUAAUAAUGAUGAGGAUGGCAAAAUAAUUGAAAAUAUUGAAAGUGCUAACAAUGAUAAAUCCGAGAAAAUUGUUGAAAAUAUAGUGAAUGGUGAUAGCAAUGAGAUUAAGGAUAUUGAUAACGAGAACGAUGGCGAGGAUGAGAAUAAUGAAUCUAUUGAUAUAGUUGGGAAAGAUGAAAAUCUUGAAAACAGCGAUGAUGAUAGAAAUUCUCUUAAAGCCACUGAUGAAAUUGGCAAAGAUUUUGAUGAGGAUAGUUCAACUAAAUCACCAACGACUUUAGUUGAUGAUUCAACUUUUAAUUCUCCCAUUAAAAAGUCAUCCCAGAAAAUGAUUCGUGGGGGGUCGAUCGAUGCGUUAAUACAUGAACUUGUGUUUGAAAGUCAAAAGGGUGCCGAUGACGAUGACGAGUUUCUACAUGCAUUUCUUCUCACCUAUCCUCUAUUCAUAGAAUCGACCCAUAUUUUGCGCGAGUUACGUCGUUGUUCCAGUAUGAUAACUCCAAAGGCUGAUGUUAUUAACAAUAGAUUGAUUGUAAUUUUUAAAACAUGGUGUCAAAGUUAUACUAGAGAUUUGGUUAGGGAUGACUUUUGGAAUGAUAUUUUAAACUCUGUGGAAGAAAUAUUUCCUGACAAUGAAAAGGUUCAAGGUGCAAUGGAGUUAAAAAAUUUAUUACAUGAAAAACGUAAUGAAGUUCUUCAAUCAUCAUCAUCUAUGCCAAUUUCUUUAUCAACUCCGACUACAAUCACAACUAAUUCUGAUGACUCUGAAGAAGAAAAGCAUAAAGCAAUUAGCGACAAUCAAAUUGUCGAUCCGUUAUCUUUGGAUCUUUCUAAUUUGUUAGUUACUGGGUUAACUCCUGGCUUAUUUUUGAAAAUUGCUCCGGAAGAAUUAGCGAAACAAAUUUAUUCUUAUCAUUAUAUUGAGUUACACCGAUUGAAUCCAAAAAAUAAUUUAAGAAGUUUCAUGUCUCUGAAACACCGACCAAAUUCACCCACACCAUACAAAGAAAAUCCAUUAAAUUUCACUCAGACAUCUCCGCAUUUCAUCACACGAUUAAUCUACCAUCAUGUCUUGAUUGCAGCUCAACAGUCUGCUGCCUACUCAUCUCGUCGUCAUCUAAUCCUGAUGCAUUGGAUAAAAGUUGGUAUUAAAUGUAAGGAAUUGGGUGAUAUGGCAAGUUGGAUGGCUAUUGUUGUGGCUGUUUGUUCGCCUAGUAUAGUGAGAUUAAAGGAAACUUGGAGUAGGGUGGAUGAUAAUUUGAGAAGUAUAAUCAUUAAUGAUUGGAUUCCUCUGAUGUCAUCUUUUGGUGGUUUAGAAGGCGAGAUUGAUUAUAUUAAUAAUCCCAAGACACCACCUUUAACACUAUUACCUGAUAAAAAAGAAAAUCUUAAAACUAAACCAAUUCCUUAUUUUGGGUUUGUUACUGUUGCAUUGGAAAAAUUGUCUACUAACGUACCAGCUUUUAUUGAUAAAUCUUCUUCAUUAUCACCUGGGGAAGAUUUUAAUUUCAAUGGAAACUACACCAAUGCCAACAACAAUAGUAGUAGCCGCGUCAGCUCACGAAAUAACAGUAUGACUGGUACUAAUACCAUUAAUUUUGAAAAAUAUUGGAAAAUAUAUGAUACAAUUAUCAAUUCUCUUUCUCAAUGGCAACAAUUUGAUGAUAUUCAAGAAACUUCUUCAAUAUUAGAUCCAUGGCAAUUUUUUGAUUCCUCUUUAUCAGCUAUUCGUAAAAGUCUUGACCCGGCAUUUGAAAGUCAGGAUGAAAAACUUGCACAAUCAAUUGACAAGGUUGUGAGUGAUUCAGUACCUUCUUCACUGUACGAAAAUUCAAAAGAUAAUUUUAUGGAACAAAAGAAACAAAAUGAGCAACCAAAGCUGCUCGGAAAACAAUUAAGACACCACCAACAUCGACCAAGAACUAAGUCCAAAGUGGAGACUUUUUUGAUACAUGCCGUACGACCAAUAUCUGUAGUUGCAAAUACCAUAACAAAUACAUUAAAUCCUGGAUAUGCAUCCAAUUUACGAAAUCAGCAGCGAUCACAACAAAGUUUUAAACCAAUACUUGUCAUCAAUCUAAUUAAUUCUGAAAUAAUACCUGAAAACAAUUUAUCUCUUGAUUUUGUGUUCCGUAUCAUAAGUGAAGAAGGUGGUCAAUAUUUGUUUCAAGCCUUUAAUUUUGAUGAUAUGAAUGAUUGGAUUAAAGUUAUAAAAGGUGCGGAAAAACAAGGAGCAGAAAAACGUCAAACAAUAUUUGAAACAGAACCAAUAAUUAGAAUUGAAGAAGAAGAAAUAUCACAUGAAGCUGGUUCACGUAAUUCCAUUUUUGGAAAAGAUCUUGAAACAUUAAUGAUAGAUGGAAAUAUCCCAACCCUCGUUGAAAGAUGUAUAGCUGAAAUUGAAAAAAGAGGUCUUAUAGAAGUUGGAAUUUAUCGUGUUCCAGGAGCUAAAAACCUUAUUGAAAGAUUAACGGAAGAAUUUAACAAUGAUGUAGAUGCAGUAGAUUUGAGUAGUGAAACUUACAGUGACAUUAAUGUUGUGGCUAGUGUACUCAAACUUUUCUUCCGUUCACUUCCAGAACCUCUUAUGACCUAUGAAUUGUAUGAAGAGUUUGUCAAUGCUUCAAAAAUUAAAGAUCAUGAUGAAAGAUUUUAUGCAAUCAAAGAUCUUUUGUAUAAAUUACCAAGAGCAAAUUACAAUUUAUUAAAACGAUUGAUCGAACAUUUGGAAACUGUCACUGAUUGCGAAGAAGUCAACCACAUGUAUGCUGGUAACUUGGCAUUAGUAUUUACUCCUAAUAUACUCAAAUCACGUGAUUUUAUAGUUUCAAUGGGAAAUUUAGGGCACAAUAGUGACAUUAUCAAAUGUCUGAUACUUCAUUAUCAUUGGUUCUUUGAUGUGGAGAGAGAAGUGGAAGAAGUUGGAGAUAAUGGAGAAAUUGAAGAAGGGAUAGUUAGAGAGGGUGAAGAUGUAGAGGAGGUUGAGAUUGAGGAGAUGGAUGGGUUUGAUGUAGAAACUUCAGAUUAG